AUGUCGAGAAAAGGGCUAUAUCAAGCUAUCUGUUUAUCAGAGUCCUUCUGCAACGUGGUAAAAAAUUCUGCCUCGAUUGGUAGACAGUCUCUUGAUAUUUGGCUAAAAACUUCCACUUUGACAAGACCGGUACUGUCUAAAUUUCAAUGGUUUUACGACAAGGACUGGGAACAUGCCCGUAAACUUUCUGAAUCCGUCAGAAAAUCUACGAAAGGGCACUCUUCUAAAAAAGCACACCUUAGCAAGUGCUCAGUCAAGAACAAAAAAAAUGUGAGACAUUUUUCAUCUUAUCACAGGUGUUCUAAUAAAGCAGCUGACGCUAUUCCAGAGGAUAAAUUGGUGAACAAACAAAAGGCUAAUAAACUGGAAAGUUCAGAAGUCCCUUCAUCACGUAUCUCUCGGCUUUUUCAUUACGGCCACCUAGCUGCUAGUGUGGGUAUUUCUGCUGCAUCUCAAAGUAUCACUCAGCUGAGUCGUGGCCAAUCAUCAAGUUUUAAAGAUUUACUGUUAUCAGAUUCUAAUGUUGAAAGGAUUGCAAAUAAAUUCUCUCAAAUGAGAGGAGCAGCAUUAAAGUUGGGCCAACUAAUGUCAUUCCAGGAUGAGAAGGUUUUACCUCCGCAAUUAUACACGAUACUUUCAAGAGUUCAGAACAGUGCUAAUUAUAUGCCUCCAAGACAGUUGGACAGGCUACUGGCUAGAGAAUUGAGUUCUGAUUGGGAAAAGAAAUUCAAGAGUUUCGACAGGACUCCUAUCGCUGCAGCAAGCAUUGGUCAAGUUCAUAAUGCUGUUUUGCACAACGGCGAGGAAUGUGUCGUGAAGAUACAAUAUCCAGGAGUCAAAGACUCUAUUGACAGCGACCUAAACAAUCUUCUUAUGUUAUUAACUGCUUCCAGUUUAUUACCAAAGGGAUUGUUUUUGGAUAAAACCAUUGAUAAUGCUCGUAAAGAAUUAAAGUGGGAAUGUGAUUAUCAUAGAGAGGCUAAUGCAUUGAAGCAUUUUGCUAGUUUGUUGAAAGACGACCCUGUUUUCGAGGUACCGUUUGUAUAUGAUGAACUGACGACAGAGAACAUCAUAACUAUGCAGAGAAUGAAAGGUACUGAAAUCACGAAGCUUCCGGUUAACACACCACAAGAAGUCAGGGAUUAUAUUUGUGAUAACAUAAUGAGAUUGUGUCUACAGGAGAUUGCUCAAUUCAAAUACAUGCAAACGGAUCCUAACUGGGCCAAUUUUCUAUACAACUCCAAAACCAAAAAAAUUGAACUUUUAGAUUUCGGUGCUAGUAGAGGUUUCCCCGAACCCUUUAUCCAUAACUACCGUAAGUUAUUAACUCAAGCUACAAAAGGUGAUCGUAUCGGUGUGGCGGAAACAUCAGUGGAGCUAGGCUAUUUGACAGGCCUAGAAUCAACCGCUAUGGUGGAUGCGCAUGUUGAAUCUGUCAUGACUCUUGGUGAACCAUUUUCAGGUGAUCCAGAGAAAUCCUUUGAUUUUGCUAAUCAAACUGUCAGUGACAGAGUCAGAUCAAAGAUUACUGUUAUGUUAAAUGAAAGAUUAUGCCCACCCCCAGAGGAAACCUAUUCCUUGCAUAGAAAGUUCAGUGGAGUAUUUCUAUUAUGCUCAAAGAUGAGAGCAAAAGUCUCAUGUUCUAAACUGUUUAAAGAAUAUUUUGCUUUAUGA